UUACAGCAUGAGCUCAAAUCCACCACACUCGCAGGUCGAUCAUUUCAUCAAAGCUUGUCUUCAUUGGCUCUCUUCAGCCUUCUCACUUCUCCAUCCACAUCCCAAGCUCAGUUCUCUCCAUUUCCUUUUCUUCGGUCUUCUCUUUCUGAAUUCUAGGCUCUUUUCUCUUGUCUGCUCCUCAUUCUUCUUCCUACGUACUGUCCUUUUCAUUGGUUUUGAGCUCUUCCUUCUCAAAACUUCCAUACUUCUCACAAAUCAGAAUUAGAUCUCCAUCUUUCACUUAAUUCAACUUCAAGUGUUGAGAUGGACAGGGUGAUGAGGCUGGCGUCGCAAAGGGCGGUGGUGGUCUUCAGUCUGAGCACAUGCUGUAUGUGCCACACUGUCAAGAGGCUCUUUUGCGAGCUUGGUGUUAAUCCUUCUGUGCAUGAGGUCGACGAGGACCCCAGAGGAAAAGAAAUGGAGAUGGCAUUAGCCAAGCUUAUGGGACGCUCCCCGCCGGUGCCGGUUGUUUUCAUUGGCGGCAAGCUUAUUGGAUCCACAGACAAGGUGAUGUCCCUUCACCUUGGUGGCAAACUCGUCCCACUGCUCCGAGAUGCAGGUGCCCUCUGGCUCUAGUAGCUGAAACAAGCAAGCUUUGAAACAAUGAAGCAACAUAGAAUAAUUCUAAUGCUGUGCAUUAGAGUUUGCUGUGAGCAAUGUACAAAAGUAAACUAUAGUGGUUAAACUUUUGGCAGUUCUAAGUUCCGUUUUCAGCUUUUAGACUGCUCUGUUUCUCCAAUGUAGUAUACAAAGGGAAGUAAUAUUUUCCCACCAGCCUUGAUCGCAGGCUCUUGUUUAUUUUCA